CAAACUCACACCCAACCCAGCACAAAGCCAGCCCCUCCCUCCACCGAUCCCAAGCGGCAACUUCUAAUAAAAAUAAACAAAACCCCAUUGUCCUUGUCAUCCCUGUUCCUCAUAUAUUAGAUUUGCUCUGUUCUAAUCAGAGUGCUACUCCCAUCAGCAAUCUGAGAAAAAAAAACAAACCAACCCCCUUUUUAUCCUUUCUUUAUUUUAAUCAAUACCCUUUGAUCUUUUACUAGAUAUAUUCAGGGUUUUUCAGUUAUUCAGGUCAAACUCAAAACUCUAGUUGAUCUUCUCUUUCACUCUUUUUGCAGCAGCCGUAAUAGUAGUGUUGGGUUUGUCCAUCCUUUGUUCAACUCUGACCGGUUGAUCGUGUUUCUGGGUUUUUUGUGUGCUUCACAGAAAACCCAACUUGAAUUUUCAUCCAAAGAUUUAACCUUAUUUUGCACCAUGAUCUGCUCUUUGAAACAAUCGCCGGCGAUCACGAGCGGCUGUGAUGUUUACUUGCGGCCAAGAACUCUGCCGGCGGUGCAGGGAUCUUUGCAUUUGCCGUCUCUUCCUUUGAAGAACUUCCAAAGGUCUGUGCUUUCGGUGCAGAAGCCUCUGCACAUCUCUAGUUUGGAGAGCUUUGGAUCACUCAAGAGCAGAACGAGUUUGAUCAAAUGUCAGGCUUACGAGGCAGAUCAGUCAGAGCCGAUCGAGCUUCCAAAGGUGGAUACUCGAUCAGAGGCGGCCAAGAAGUUGAAGAUCGGGGUGUAUUUUGCUAUGUGGUGGGCUCUGAAUGUGGUUUUCAAUAUUUACAACAAGAAGGUGUUGAAUGCCUACCCUUUUCCUUGGUUGACCUCCACUCUGUCUUUGGCAUGCGGGUCUUUGAUCAUGUUGGUGUCUUGGGCUACCAGGAUUGCUGAGGCGCCCAAGACUGAUAUGGAUUUUUGGAAGGCUCUGUUUCCUGUUGCUGUGGCACAUACCAUUGGACAUGUAGCUGCAACUGUUAGUAUGUCUAAGGUUGCAGUUUCCUUCACCCAUAUCAUCAAGAGUGGAGAGCCUGCUUUUAGUGUAUUGGUUUCAAGGUUCCUGCUGGGCGAGUCUUUCCCUACUUCUGUCUACCUCUCCCUUCUUCCAAUCAUUGGUGGUUGUGGUCUUGCUGCCUUGACAGAGCUUAACUUCAACAUGAUUGGAUUUAUGGGGGCCAUGAUAUCAAACUUGGCAUUUGUCUUCCGCAACAUAUUUUCAAAGAAGGGCAUGAAAGGGAAAUCUGUUAGCGGAAUGAAUUAUUAUGCUUGUCUAUCUAUCAUGUCUCUUGUAAUUCUCACACCAUUUGCAAUAGCGGUGGAGGGACCCAAGAUGUGGGCAGCUGGAUUUGAAACAGCCAUGGCGCAAAUUGGCCCCAACUUGAUAUGGUGGAUGGCAGCCCAGAGUGUCUUCUAUCAUCUCUACAACCAGGUGUCAUACAUGUCAUUAGAUGAGAUAUCUCCCUUGACAUUCAGCAUAGGGAACACCAUGAAACGUAUAUCUGUCAUUGUAUCAUCCAUCAUCAUAUUCCACACACCUGUCCAGCCUGUCAAUGCUCUUGGAGCUGCUAUUGCAAUUUUCGGAACCUUCUUAUAUUCCCAGGCAAAGCUGUGAGGAGCUUGCGCUGGGGAAGAUUUACGUAUAUCGUGUAACAUAAACGACGGGAAGGGAGACUUGCGGUAUAGGAAGAGACAAAAGAAGAGGUGCUGUGAAACUCCAUGGUUACCGGAUUUUUGGUCAUAUGCAUGAACCAAGAGUGUGUAAUUGUAGAUACUAAUAAUGGUUGAAACGGCACUAGUGUUAUAGAGAAGAAAACUAGGCACUAUUUUUUUGCUCUUUUCUUUUUCUUUUUACUUUUUAAAAAAAAAAUAUCAAGGAGAUUGAAUAGAAAUAUUUCAAUAAGCAUGGACUAAUAUCUGCAAUAGUAUGUCUGUUGCUGUGAGAAGCAUAAAUGUCAAUGUGGGUGUUCGGCAUAAUCAUAUUUCUUGUUUU